UGAAAAUUAACAGCCGCUGAGCCCGGAACGACGCACAAAGUCAAGUGACAGAGGAGUAGUGGUGUGGUGUGGUGUGAAAAUUGUUAAGAGCACAACAGCAAUAAUAAAACAAAAAAAGUGAGAGAGGCGGAACAAGUGCAGAAGAAGAAGUGCGUGUGCUGGUGGCCGUUGUCGUCUCCAGUACGAGUGUAGUUGUCGUUGCGUGCGGUCCUUCGUCGCCCCGUCGUCGUUAUAUUGUUUGUCACUUCGCGUCAUCGUUGACGUUGUCGUGAUUGUUCCGUGUUUUCCUUGUGGCCGCCACGCAUGCGCUUAAGUGGCGUGUGAAGUGAAGUGUGCAAGAACAGUUAUUGUUAUUAUACUCGCAACAGUCAAGAGUAUUCUUCUCCUAACGCGCUGUACUCGUUAAUCCGUAACCCUGGCGAAGGAGCUCUCCAAUUUGAUAACACUUCAAGGGAACAGUGAAAAGAUGACACAACAACCGCAAUGGGGCAUCAGUUUCUCACGGUAUUUCAUAAUACCGCAACGUGUUAUAUUGUCGAUAAUGGGCUUUCUGGCGAUCUUGAAUGCGUAUACGAUGCGAGUGUGUCUCUCGCAGGUCAUCACAGUGCUGGUGAUGAAGAAGAACUCGACGGGAGAGGAAGGCGAUAAGGGUUAUUGCCCAGCUGACGAUUUGGAUUCCUCAAGCAGCACCGGAGGCACGUAUCAAUGGUCGGAACAACUGCAGGGCUUGAUCCUAUCCUCCUUCUAUAUUGGAUAUAUUGUGACUCACAUACCCGGCGGCCUGUUGGCCGAGAAGUUCGGCGGCAAAUGGACUCUGGGACUGGGUAUAUUAUCCACCGCCGCAUUCACGCUGCUGACACCGCUGGCCAUUAACAAAGGCGACUCGGAUUGGCUGAUCGUGACACGCGUGCUGAUGGGUCUGGGCGAGGGUACAACCUUUCCAGCGUUAAGUGUGCUGCUGGCCAGUUGGGUGCCGGCGAAGGAGCGCGGCAAGCUGGGCGCCCUGGUCUUGGGUGGCGGCCAAGUAGGCACCAUAUUGGGCAACAGUCUGUCGGGUGUGAUAAUAGAGGCCUACGGCUGGGAAGUUGUGUUCUAUUUCUUCGGUGGCCUAGGCGUUGUAUGGUUCCUCAUUUUCUGUGUGCUCUGCUUCAGUGAUCCGAGCAGCCAUCCCUUCAUCAAGCCGACGGAACGCGAGUAUCUAAUGAAGGAGAUCGGCAAUAUUGAUCGCCACAAGAACCUGCCUCCCACUCCGUGGAAGGCCAUCCUCACCAACCUGCCGAUGUUCGCUCUGGUGAGCGCCCAAAUCGGCCAUGACUGGGGCUUCUACAUUAUGGUCACUGAUCUGCCCAAAUACAUGUCCGAUGUCAUGCAAUUCUCCAUUACCGCCAACGGCCUCUACUCCUCCCUCCCUUACGUCAUGAUGUGGAUCGUCUCGAUUGGCAGCGGCUUCGUUGGCGAUUAUCUGAUCACCCGCAAGAUUAUGAAUACUACGAACACCCGAAAGGUGAUGACCGGUCUGGCUGCCUUCGGACCCGCCAUAUUCAUGGUGGCAGCCUCCUAUGCUGGCUGCGAUCGCGUCGUUGUGGUCGUACUCUUCACUAUCUGUAUGGGUCUCAUGGGCGCCUACUAUGCUGGCAUGAAGCUCAGCCCAUUGGACAUGAGUCCCAACUAUGCUGGCACUCUGAUGGCAAUCACCAAUGGAAUUGGUGCCAUAACUGGUGUCAUCUCACCCUAUCUAGUGGGUGUUAUGACCCCCAAUGCCACACUUUUGGAAUGGCGUACAGUUUUCUGGGUGGCCUUUGCCGUGCUGUUCGUCACUGCCAUUAUCUACUGUAUCUGGGCCUCGGGCGAGGUGCAACCCUUCAAUAAUUCAACCAUUGUGCCGCGUUUCGUCGAUUUUGAAGUGGAGGAACGCAAGCCCGAGCGUGAGAAGAACCCCGCUGCGCAGCAUAGCACCUAAGAAACCCCAACCAUGUGCCAUUCAUCUAAUCUAUUCUAGUUAUAAUGUCCCCCAAAAAUGAGUUGAAUUUCUAAAAUUUGUUUAGUCGAAGAAUUGUUAUCGUAUUUCCAAAGCUUGUGUUACUAACUCAUAAGUUCCACACUCCACCCCCCACUUCAUUCCACUCAAAAUCUGCCAACUCAGUUGUAAUAUUGUAUGGCGACCAUAUAGCCAUUAGUCGCCAUAAUCGCCAGUUACUACUUUUAAGCGAAUUUACGUCUUACGGAGUCUAGUAUUCCAAUGCGCAACAUACUCUCUUAAUUAAUAUUAGGCAGUAUUUGAAAGUGAAAGAAACUAACAACAAAAACAUGUUCAUCUUAGGCUUAAACCUUAAUCUGCUCCCCAGAGAGGAGAGAAGUACCUUCACACUAUACAUCCAUAUACCAUAUAUACAUACGAGUAAAUGCGACUUGUCGAUGAUUGUACUACAAAGAAAUUUUAAUUGUUGAUCAAUGUGUAACGUAUUUUUAACGUUCUUGUUGAAAGAUAUUUGUUUUUAUUAUUAUAUAUAUAAAAUAAUUAUUU